AUGUUGCUGCUGAGCUUUUCCAAGCUGGAACAACAACAUCAGCAACAUCCUCAGCAACAACAUCAGCAACAACAACAGCAACAACAUCAGCAACAACAUCGGCAACAACAUCAGCAACAGCAGCAGCAGCAGCGUCGGUUUGAAUUUUCGGUGCAUGCAUGGGUUCAGCCACUCCAUAUGCACCUUGACAUGACCGAAACCCCAAGUCAAAUCCCUGAACAGACACGCUGCCAAACCGGUUGUAAGGAAGAGGUUUUCAGCUUGCAAGAAGGUAGCUCAUCUUGUGACGUCAGAGUAUGUUCUGAAACUCUACGUCAAGAUUGCAUGUUUGCCAAAUUUAAAACACCACCAUCUUCAGCAGUAAUGCAAGCUGACUCUUGGAACAACUCCAGAUCAGCCUCCUACUCACAACUUCAGACCCUGGCACAGAAUCCACACCACAACCCUGGACAGACGAGCGGUCCCGUACCGGGGACAUCCCCUCGGCAAGGCCGCAUGAUGUCAGCGUGCUCGCUGGAGUCACCCUCGUGCAGUGUUCCCGACAUCCACUCGUAUCACAGUGCUACAGCUCAGUCAUUUCCGCAUUCACCACAGUCGAAACAUCCUCACUACCGAAACAAACACCACCCGGGACAGACACUUCUGAAAAUGGAGAGGCGAACCGGUGAACACAAGCGAUGGUACAUGCCCCCGGAUCCACCAUGGGGUGUUGCUGGGGGCACAAGCUCGAGUUCAUGGCAGGAAAGUUCUCGACCGCAGUUGGGUCAGUAUGCUACGCGGGACGAUCGUCGGGCUCAACCCGGCCAACCGUGCGCGAUGAGCUCGGAGAAAGACAGCGCCGAUGUACGAGACUCUUGGGAAUCGAACCUUCCUUCUUCCUCCGUAUACCCUCCGUUACCCCAACAACAAGCCUUCGGUGGAAGACCACAUGUGGCUAUGACCUGCCCAUUGGUGUCCCCACGGAUGACGUCAGCAUCACGUGAAAGCAGCCAGCAUGGCGGCGCCCAUUAUCGCUGUCAGAGCUCGGGAAAGCUUCUCCAGCACUCCGGGAGGGGAGUGGCCACCGAGCCGAGGACAAGAAAUUCACUUCGAGGGGAUGGAGGUUAA